CGCUUUGGCUAGUUUAGAGCAAGUGAAGCUAAUUCCCAACCGCGAUCCAUCCUCCAUCUUUCUCAACUUGCAGUGAGGGAUGGCCUCACAGCAUGAAUAAUUAUUAUCUCUGCAAUUUCUUUUUAUCUCUUUUGGCAUUCUCUAUCCAACUUUUUCUCAUAAGUACUAGUACUCCAUCUCCAUCUGUCCUCAUUUGAUCCCACUAGUUCUCAGUUCCUCUCCAUGACUGCAACUGCAAGAAAUCAAAGAGAAGUGAUCAUGUGGCCUAGACUUGUAGCGAACAAGAUUCUGAAGAAGCGAUUAGGAAGCAACAACUUUGUAGCGGAUUUCCCAAACAACUCCGAGGACUCCACCUUGCCCCUGGAAACACCGAGUUUUGAUCCAGAGAAACCGUUAUCUUUAAGCCCGACGACACCAGCUCCGAAGAUUUUGAAUCAUGAUCACAAAGCCACACACAAUUACAAGGUUUUUGUGAGUACAUGGAAUGUUGGUGGAGUUGAACCACGAGAUGAUAUGAACAUGACGGAUUGGAUUAAUGACACCUCCUGUGACAUAUAUGUUUUCGGGUUUCAAGAAAUUGUUCCUCUUAAAGCUUCAAAUGUUCUGGGAUCUGAGAAUAGUACGAUCUGCAUGAAGUGGAACUCAUUCAUUAGAGAAACAUUGAACAAGAAAAUGAACUACCCGGGAGACAAGAGUAGAGACAAAAAUGGGAAUUCAACCACUGUGGAAAGCAGCAAUAAUAAUCCAGAAUCACACGAUUACUUCCAGUGUAUUAUAAGUAAGCAAAUGGUGGGAAUACUAAUAACAGUCUGGGUUCGAAGAAAUCUUCGUCCUCUGAUUCGAAAUCCCAGUGUUUCAUGUGUUGGCUGUGGCAUCAUGGGUUGCCUCGGCAAUAAGGGUUCAGUGUCGGUUAGGUUUCAACUGCAUGAAACAAGCUUCUGCUUCGUGUGCUGUCAUCUAGCUUCAGGAGGAAGACUAGGAGAUGAGAAACUCAGAAACUCAAACGUAGCUGAAAUCAUGAACAGAACAAGUUUCCCUAGAGGUCCUUUGCUUGAUUUGCCAAGAAAGAUCCUGGACCACCAACGAGUGAUCUUCCUGGGAGAUUUGAAUUACAGAAUUUCCCUUCCAGAAGCAACCACACGAUCAUUAGUGGAUUGCAAAGAUUGGAAGGUCUUACUGAAGAGCGAUCAGCUGAGUAUGGAGCUGAAUGAUGGUCAAGUAUUUGAAGGCUGGCUUGAAGGGAGUAUCAAAUUUGCCCCGACUUACAAAUAUUUUCCAGAUUCUGAUACAUAUUAUGGGUCUCCUUCUCCUGCAAGAAAAGGUGAAAAGAGGCGUGCUCCUGCAUGGUGUGAUCGGAUAAUCUGGUAUGGAACUGGUUUGAAGCAACAUGUAUACGACAGAGGCGAAUCGAAGUUGUCCGAUCACAGGCCAGUGAAGUCAAUAUUUACCGCCCAAGUUGAAGUUUUACCAUCGCUUAUGAGAGGAUACCAGAGCUUUUUUCUUUCAGACAGGUUUGACAAAAUUUCAAGUCAGUUUGAUCAGGUACCCUCCACCGACGAUCGUUAUCUAUGUCAACGUAGAUCAUCAAGCUUCAAAACUUAAAACAAAGGUGGUUCUUUCUGAGAAGCUUAUGUAUACUGGGGAUGAUUUUGGUACUCAAUUGUGGUUCGUUUACUCUCAGCUUCAUUAUAAAUAAUGAAGCGUGAGAGUAACUCUAUAUAUAUUGGAAGGAGAAGAAGUGCAAAAUCACCCUCAUAUAUAUCUGGAAUUAUUAGUUGCUUAGUUAACACGGCGAUGAUGAAUGUACAG